AUGUUUUGUGUAAUUCUCAUCAGACUGAGACCACUGAAAACUCCAGCACCUGCUGCGCCUGCUGCCAAACCAGAGGGUGCUGAAGGUAAAGAAGCCCCUCCUCCUACUCCUCCGGUUGUCUAUUCCCGUUACACAGACGACACCCUCAGAAAUGUGAUCGCUAGUUUAAGAAAUCGGAGAGAGAUAUUCAAAGAGAGAGUCAUCGACCCGUACGCAACUUCUCCAGAAAUCAGUCCACCUGUCACACCACUUCUGAAGAAGGAGGAUUACAUCAGACAGAAGGAAGAAGAGCGAAUAUCAAAAGAGGAAGCAGAGAAAAAGAAGGCAGAGGAGGCAGCCAAAAAGGCAGAGGAGAAGAAGAAGAAGGAUGAGGAAAAAAGGCUGGAAGCAGAGAAGAAAGCAGAGGAGGAGAGGCUGUCAGAGGAGGCCAAGAAGGCUGCAAAGCUCCUCCCAAACUUCAGCUGCUUUGAUGUCCUCCUCCGUCCUAUCGAGAACAAGAUGGACAUGCUCCUGGGAAACACUGUAGAUCCUUUCACAGAUCCUCGGUAUAUUGCCUGGAUGGCUGUCGUAGCAUUGUCAUACAACUACAAUGUUUGGUUUUGCACUGCUCGGUUGGCCUUCCCUUACCAUAACCCAACUCUCAACCCAUACUGGAUAUUUUUUGACAUUCUUGCGGAUGUGGUAACUGCCAUUGACAUCACAGUGUGGCAACCCCGACUUCAGUUUGUCAAAAAAGGGGACAUUAUUACAAACAGAGCUGUGACGAAGGAACAUUACAGGAAAUCACAAAGAUUCAAGGUUGAUAUAAUCAGCAUCCUCCCCUUUGACCUCUUAUGCCUGCGUUUUGAAUUUUCUGCGAUAUACAGAUUAAACCGCUUUAUCAGGCUUGACUCCUUCUUUGAGUUCAGUGACCGACUGGAGAGCAUUUUGGCAAAGGCUUACAUCUGGAGAGUUAUUCGUACCACUGGCUACCUGCUCUUUGUGCUCCACCUGAAUGCGUGUGCAUUCUACAUGGUCUCAGUACACCAGGGUCUUGCAUCGACUACAUGGGUCUAUAAUGGAAAAGGCUCUGCGUACCUGCGUUGUUACUACUUUGCAGUCCGCAGUCUGAUCAACAUCGGGGGCCUUCCAGAACCUAUAACCAUUUUUGAGAUCAGCUUCCAGCUUAUAAACUUUUUCAUUGGUGUUUUUGUAUUCUCCAGUUUGAUUGGACAGAUGAGAGAUGUCAUUGGAGCAGCUACAGCGGGUGAGACGUAUUUCCGGGCAUCAAUGGAUGGCUGUGUGGACUACAUGAACACUUAUUCAAUCCCUAGGGCAGUUCAGAACAGAAUCCGGACCUGGUACAACUACACCUGGGCUGCACAGGGCAUGCUGGAUGAAUCAGAGCUGCUGGAAAAGAUGCCUCUGGUAAUGAGAACUGCCAUCGCUGUAGACAUCAACCUGGCGACCUUCCAGAAGAUUGCUUUGUUUCAGGGCUGUGAGAAGCAGAUGUUGGUGGACAUGUUACUGAGGCUCAAGUCAAUCAUCUACUUGCCAGGAGACUUUGUUGUGAAGAAAGGGGAUAUUGGUAAGGAGAUGUACAUCAUCAAAAGUGGAGAAGUGCAGGUGGUGGGAGGACCGGACAACAGUAUUGUGUUUGUCACACUGAAGGCUGGCUGUGUAUUUGGAGAAAUCAGUUUGCUACAGUCUGCCAAAGACGGCGGGAAUAGGCGCACUGCUAACGUCAAAGCACAUGGCUUUGCUAAUCUUUUUGUCCUGGAGAAGAAAGACUUGUUUGAUAUUCUAGUCCACUACCCAGAAUCUCAGAAAGUGCUGGCCAGGAAGGGAAAGAAGCUGAUCAAAGCCAAAGGCCCUGCUCGAGCUGAGAAAAAUGAGGAGAAGCCGAAAGGUCUGGCUCUGUUUGGACAAAAAACACCAACACCCAAGAUGCUCAGAACACUCAGUGCUUUGCGCAAAGGAGUCUUCACAAAACCUACAAGUCAAUAAGCGGAGGGAUCACAACUGAAAACAGGGGACAUAUGAAGUUACCUUCAAAUCCAUCAGAGCUGCAAACAUGAAAUCACAGAGACUGCUUAGUAAACAAUUCACUGGACAGUUGCCUUUGUCCUCAGACGAUCAACGCUACAUGGACCCUCAGCAGAAUGUUUCAGAAUGACAUCAGACAGCACGCCGCUGCAUCUUCUGUGUGAUGCCCUGGUGGAAUAGGUGGUUAUGAA